AUGGCAACCUUCGUGUAUCCUCCGGAAAGUACACCGGCCAACCACCCGGCCGGCAGCAAACCCGCCGCGGACAAACCGGAGAAAGUCGAUUACUUGAACUUACCUUGCCCAAUUGCUUAUGAAGAAAUCCACCGUGAAUACAUGACGGCUUUGAAGCCCGAAGUCUUCGAGGGGUUUCGGUUAGAUUUUUCUAAAGUACUCAAUCCGAAGUUUGUACUAAGUCACAGCAUGUUCAUGGGGCCUGUAGAGAUACCUUCUCAGUCCCCGGAGACUAUAAAAAUUCCUACAUCUCAUUAUGAGUUUGGUGCCAACUUCUUAGACCCUAAGCUAAUGCUUAUAGGGAGAAUUAUGACCGAUGGUAGAUUAUCUGCCAGGCUUAAGGGUGAUCUUACUGAUAAUCUCGCCUUGAAAGCUUCAGCACAACUUACAAAUGAGCCACACAUGAGCAAUGUCAUAGCCAAUCUUGAUUACAAGGGUAAAGACUACAGGAGUCAAAUUCAAAUGGGAAGUGGUGCCUUGAUUGGUGCCAGCUACAUUCAGAGUGUAACCCCGAAUCUAUCUUUGGGGGGUGAAAUCUUUUGGGCUGGUCAGCAAAGGAAGUCAGGCGUUGGUUAUGCUGCCCGCUACAACACCGAUAAGAUGGUUGCCACUGGACAAGUUGCUAGCACUGGAAUGGUCAUGUUGGGUUAUGUUCAGAAACUCACGGAUAAGAUUUCUCUAGCUGCCGAUUUUAUGUACAAUCAUAUGUCGAGAGAUGUCACUUCGAGCUUUGGUUAUGACUACAUCCUUCGCCAGUGUCGCCUUCGAGGGAAGAUUGAUUCAAAUGGCUGUGUAUCUGCUUACCUAGAGGAGCGACUAAAUUUGGGUCUCAAUUUCAUUCUUUCAGCGGAGGUAAGAUUCAAUAUAUCGGCUUAUUAUUUUCGAAAAUGUGGCUUGCAGAUUGACCAUAGGAAGAAGGACUACAAGUUUGGGUUCGGCAUGUUCCGGAUUAUUCAUUUCUUGUUUGCCGUCAAAGAGUUGUACAACGUCGCAAAAAGAGUGUAG